AUGUUCCCCGUCAACGUCUCACACGUGUGCAGAGCCUGGCGUAGGCUGGCUCUGCACACGCCCUCCGUAUGGCGACGCAUUGCACUCGACAGCAGGCUUGAAAUGUGGUCGCAACGGAUACUCCGAGCGAAGGCAUGCACCCUCGACAUCCAGCUCGCGCCCCGCGCCCUAGCGCUUCACGGGAUGCUCUACAAGACGACUUUCGACGCGCGUACUGUGCAGCUUUACUUUCAUCUUGUUAUACCUCUCAUCGAGAGAUGGCGUACGCUCGAGAUUCAAUUCGAGACCUCUUCCGUACAUGCUCCUCACCUUCGUGAACUGUGUCUUGUCUACCCUGGUAAUGACGACACCAAAGAAUUCGCUCUUUUCGAUGGAAACGCUCCACGACUCCGCCGGGUGACCCUGCUUGGUAUCCGCCUUGCAUGGACGCCUUCCCUCUUUCACAACUUGACGUACCUCGACUACACUCAUCACGGCUUCACGGGAGGGCAUGAGGCUGCUUCUGAAGUGCUGCACAUCUUGCAAGUUUCGGCACGUUUGGAAGAGCUGCGACUUGCAUUCCCAUGGCGAAUCGAUGGUGCAGAUCCAUAUGCGGAUUCGUCCCUACGGCCUGUGACCCUCUCUUGUCUCUCCACGCUUGUCGUAAGCAUCGAGGGACCUGAGGUUCCAUCCGCAUUAUUGCUCGUCCUUCUUCACCUUUCCCUCCCCACCACACGAUCACUGCGGUUGCUUUCCCGCUAUCCGUUUCGUCGGCCAACGCUCUUUCCCCGCCUCCGACACGUCCUCAGAGCGCUUCCGGAACUACCCAAGCUGGAGCACCUGUACCUCGAACACGGCUGGCUCGAUCCGCGCUUCGUUUUCCCUCUACUGCAUAGCAUACCCCGUUUGCGGUAUCUCGCGUUGCAAGGCUUGCGCGUCACAGGCCCAUUCCUACGCGGUCUUGCUGAUGCUCUGCGGGCGCAACGCGAGGAGUUCCCGCUGUGUCCACCACUCGCGGUCCUCGAGCUCGUACGUUGCAGUAGCCUCACCGCAGAGGAUGUCAGGAACGCGCUCGGCGGGCGGUCGGUGAGCAAGGCCUCUCCGUCUAUCGAAGUGUUACUGGUGCGAGACUGUGGCGGCAUCGAGCCGUCAGCGUUACGCGAACUUGAGGCAAUGGGGUCUGUGACUCGCGUCAUUGUGCGAGCAUCUCGUGGGGCGGGUGCGUUAGCGGGAGGCAAGCCGAGGAAUAUCUAA